AUGAUUCCAGGAGUUUUUCUUGGAGAAGGAGAAGAGAAAAUGAUCGGGUUCAACAGGUCCCUCAAUGAACUGCAAGAAUCCCUCACUCUUCUGGGAGAUGAAGAAGAGGAUGCCUAUCUUGAGGAUAGCUACCUUGAGGAAGAGGAAAUGAUGUCAGGAGAGGAUGUGAUAACAGAUAGCAUGUCACUUCGGAAUAUUGGCACAGCUGGAAGACACACCGGCGGUCAUCCAGCUCUGAAGAGAAGGAGGGUUUUCAGAAUCGCCAGAGGGAGAGAAAGACAGAGAGUGAAAGAUGCAGCAGGUGUGUUGUUCCGCUAUAAAAAGAUCCUGGUAACACACCAGAGGUUAAAGAACAUGUCCAAGGCCUUCCAGAUCCACGGUGUAGAUCGUAAUACGGUGGCCUCUACCACACCCAUUGCCGAGCUUCUGCUGGUGGCUCCAGAGAAGGUGGCUGAGGUGGGCGAGUUUGACCCGUCUAAAGAAAAGCUUCUGGACUAUGCCCGGCGCUGUUACAUCGCCCUCGACCCCCAGACUCUCAGCAAAGUGCAAGCAUUGAAGAAGAACAAUCUCCUCCUGCCCAUCUCAUACAGGUUGAAAGGAACGGAUAAUCGAUAAUUGGAAGAAUUAGUGGGGUGAUUCUUAUCCUGCUGUACAGCGAAACCCCUUCACUGUAUUUUAAUGUACCAUAGAACACACAUCUCCCGUUUUAACCUCCACAUUGUGCUGUUCAGAUCCUCUGUACUCUGAACCAACUCUACUAUUACCUCUGUUCACUCACUCAUAGAGCUGGACGCUCAAAGCUGCGGGUGGACUGCACACUUAUGCUUUCAGGUUUGCCAUUUUUUACACCAUUCUUUCAUAACAGACUUCUUAGUAUCAUCUUAAUUGUUGCUCUGGUUAAAGCUCAAUUUACACUUUUAAAACCAGUCCAAAAUGUGCAGCAACAACAUCAGCCCUUUGUGAUGUGUAGCUCUAUAGCAGUGUGUGUUGCUCAGAAGAGCUUUGUUGGGUCAUUAGAUCCUUUCAGUUGUCCUAAGUGUGUGUCCUGGUUCUCCGUAUCUCAUAGCAUUUACUUGACAGACUGAAAAACAUUUGAAAUUUAGGUUCUUCUAAAAAAGUGGCGCACGCAUAGACCCAUGCACUCCUCCCGUUUUAACACUACGCUACUCUUUGCAAGAGGCACUUGUAUGUUCUCAUUAGAACCUCAUUGGAUAUGAUUUGUGGAGUGUUCGUGCAUGUGUCUCCCUUAAUCAUGGCCUGUCUCCUAUUAGAUGACACUGACUGUUCAGCAUGUGAAAAGUUUAUAUAGUGUAAAUCAGUGAUAAUACAUGUUAAAACAGUUGGUAAUUGUACUAGUCUAGUCUAGUACCGCAUAGUUCAGAUGGUGUUAUGUGAGGGAGUGAGUGCAGACAUGUUCCUGUUCUACCUGUUGCUGAAGUUCUCAUGAGUGUGUGUGUCUUUGAGAUUGUGUGUUUGCUGAAUUCACCGUGUACGUCUGAAUGCACGUUGGGUGUUUGUUAGGAU